GAACACGCGUUGAAAUGUUCACAAUGACAUUAGUCACAUCUACUUCAGUAUGCGAAGACCAUUUCUUCACUGCCUGUCUUAUAAUAUUUAAGUGCAGCUGGGGCAGUGGGGACCCACCAAUAAAAUCUUUGCCCAAGGCUCACUGGUAAAUUAAAGUGGCCUUAAGAAGAAGGUGAUGGACAGAGGAAUGGAGGUACAUGAAACAGGCAUUAAUCAAAAUAUACAAUGACAGAGACAACCAAGAAUCAAUUUAUUCUGAGAUGAAAAUCGAGGUAAUCUAAGUGAAGUGAGAAAACAACACAUACUUAUCAUGUCAUAUGACCUCUUCUGGAAGCGCAGACAAAUCCCCAUACAUGAAUGGAACACAGAGACAAUUUUCCAUGGAAGAUAGUGAAAUGUAACUAGCAUGCACAUGGGUGAAACCUGAAUCAAAGGGAUUUACAGGCCAAGAAGCAGCUUGAAAUGCUUAGAAUUCAGAAUGGAGUUCCUCCAAGAAAGAAGAAAGAAAGGUCUUUAAACAUCAGCUCAAGAGGCGGCUGUUUACAUUGAUCUUUGGUCUGACCACUGUUGAAUGAAGAGACGUGAUUUCUUGUUAAGCACUUAUUAGAUAUAAGACAUAUAAAAACAAGUUAAUAACACACAAGCUAAGGACUAGUUGUAUUGCUGCUUGGUACAUUUAGAGAAGCUAUGAUCCAGACUUUACUUCGACCCUUACAGGACAUCUCAGGGCUCCCAAAAGCAUGGCGGGAGCUCAACUUUAACUCUUCUUUUGGCACACUUAUGGCCAAGUUUCAGAUCAUGAACAGGACGUCGUUCAACUUCACAGAUAGUCGAAUUGGAGAGUGGGAGCGGUUUGCGGAGCUGGCUAAAUAUGAGUCCGAUGCACAGAAACCCACUGUCAAGGCUCUGCUGAUUGUGGCUUACUCUGUCAUUAUUGUGAUGUCCCUGUUUGGAAACAUGUUGGUGUGCCACGUGGUCAUGAAGAACAAAAGGAUGCACUCAGCCACGAGCCUUUUCAUUGUGAAUCUCGCCGUUUCGGACAUCAUGAUCACCCUGCUCAACACACCGUUCACUCUGGUUCGGUUUGUAAACAGCACCUGGGUGUUUGGAAAAGACAUGUGUCACAUCAGUCGUUUUGUGCAGUACUGCUCAUUACACGUAUCUACUCUCACUCUUACUGCCAUUGCACUGGACCGUCACCAGGUUAUCCUGAACCCACUGAAGCCAAGGAUGUCGCUCAGUAAGGGAGUCUUGUGCAUCUCUUUUAUCUGGGUUAUGGCGACAUGUUUCUCACUGCCGCAUGCCAUAUAUCAGAAGCUAUUCCAGUACAAUUACAGAGAAAAUAAAGUGCGGAGCCUGUGCAUUCCAGAUUUUCCUGAACCGUCUGAACUUUAUUGGAAAUAUCUGGAUCUCUCUACAUUCUUACUUCUUUAUCUGUUGCCACUGCUCAUCAUCACCAUUGCAUACAGCCGCCUGGCCAAGAAGUUGUGGAUGAGAAAUGCAAUAGGAGACAUCACCACCGAGCAGUAUAUUACGCAUCGCAAAAACAAGAAAAAGAGCAUUAAGAUGCUGGUCCUGGUGGUGGUUGUGUUUGCAGUUUGUUGGUUUCCGUUGAAUUGUUAUGUGGUUCUCAUAUCCAGCUUGGGCAUUAAAACUAAAAAUGCCUUGUAUUUUGCUUUGCAUUGGUUUGCUAUGAGCAGUACUUGCUAUAACCCAUUCAUCUACUGCUGGCUGAAUGAGAGUUUUCGUUUGGAGCUGAAAUCUCUGCUCAGCAUGUGUCAAAGAAUCUCUACAGCACAGGAUAAUGCCCUACAGCCUGUUCUCUUGCCCUAUCGUGAAGCUUGGGUGGAGCAGGCCAGCUUCAAGCAAGGUCCAUCCUCCCAGAGUAUCAGAUCUACAACCAAUGUGCAGACGGUCAACACUGACCUCUAAUAGCAGAAGGCUUCAGGUAGAUGGAUACAAUAUCAGGGGAAGACGUUUGAUGAAUGUGACUGCUGGACUCUUUGGAUAAGAAACUCUCUGGUAGAAAAAGAGUGAUUAAUCUCUUGCAUUUGUACUUACAUUCAUCAGACUCUUAAACAAAUAUCUGGCAGAACUAUCAGUUACGAUGGCCAAGAGAAGCGAAGGAUUAGAUUCUUCUCAAGGCCAGUUAUAUGUAAAAUAAAACAAACAAACGGAUUUGUUCUGUUGAAAGGGAUAUACACAAAUCCAGGGGUUUUAUUAUCUCUUCGCUAACGGAUUUUGACAAAAGGGUUUCUGAGUAAUAAUGUUUUAAAAGAUGUUUAAAAAAAACAGCCUUGAAAAUUUCUUUUUAGCGUUGAUUUUUUAAAAUUCUACUUGCUUUAUCCCUAUUAAACAAUGUUUAUUAAUUCUAGCUUAACAAUAAAUUGUGACUGC